GCGUUUUUGACGUCAUACGUCCGAUGACGUACCCGUAUCCGUGAAAAUGGCGGAAGUGGAGGAGUCUAGCAAGCCUUUGUUUGCGGGUUUGUCUGACAUCUCAAUCUCGGAGGACAUUCCAGUGGAGGGAGAUAUAUCUGUCCCGGUGGGCUCACAGAACCCUGACGAUGAUUUCUCAACACUGGAUGAGCCUGUCAAAGACACUAUUCUGAGGGAUCUGAGAGCCGUUGGACAGAAGUUUGUCCAUGUGUUGUACCCCAAGAAAAGUUCUGCACUACUCAAAGACUGGGACUUAUGGGGACCUCUCCUCCUCUGUGUCACUCUGGCCUUAAUGCUGCAGGGUGGUUCUGCCGACAGUGGGGAGGAUGGCAGGCCACAGUUUGCAGAAGUCUUUGUCAUCAUCUGGUUCGGUUCUGUAAUCAUAACCCUCAACUCCAAACUCCUGGGAGGAACAAUAUCAUUUUUCCAGAGUCUGUGUGUGUUGGGGUACUGUAUUCUUCCUCUGACUGUGGCCAUGAUAGUUUGCCGUAUCGUUCUUCUGGGAGCUUUAAGCAGCGUCAGUUUUGUUGUCCGUCUCAUAGUUGUCACCGCCUCCUUCUCCUGGUCAACGUUUGCCUCCACAGCAUUUCUUGCAGACAGCCAACCGGCCAAUAGGAAAGCCCUGGUCGUGUAUCCAGUGUUCCUGUUCUACUUUGUAAUUGGCUGGAUGAUCCUGACAUUUUCGCCUUCUCCUUAACACACAUAUACCAUAUGCCAAUUGCAAAAUGAACUCCUCCCCUUCAAUAAGACAACCAGCAGACUGUCAGGGAGCUGGCCGGUGAUUGGCCUAGCCUAAAAUGAGGCGGAGCAUUUUGAUGGACACUCAUAAAGGGGACAGUAAGGGGAUUAUUGCAUAGAUACCACACCUCCCCAUCCCUCAUUCACAGUUGGAUGAGAGGAGAGAAAAGGAAUGGAGGACACAAAUUCUUCAGUUAACAACAGCUUAUAUGUCUUCAUUAUAUUAAUGUUUUGUUGUGUGAGGAAUGUCAGUGCCCUUCUGAGCAGUUCCAGGUGUACCCACACCCCCAACAUUACUAUGUUUUGUGUGUCUCGGCUAUGACUUCGUGUGUGGAUGUGUUUGCUCAAGUGUAGUAUAUGUGACUAUGUGAGUGUGCAUGCAUUUGUUUUUGUGUCUGACUGAGCAUUGUCUCUGUUGGGAGAAUUAUUCAGCUAUCAUCAGGCCGCACAUUCACAUCUGUCCCCUCACAUUGUUGCACACAAAUGUUUCUUUUCUUUGGCGUUUUCUUUUUAGUUCUGAAUGAUGUUUGGGCUUUCAUUUAUUUUUUCGUUGGUGGAAGUUAGUACAUUCCUGAAAAAAAUAAACAUGGACUUUAAUAAGUACUGCAUAGACUGUAUGAGCUCUGUCUUUUUUGCACACAGAAAAUGAAAAAUGUAUCUUCAGGUUGAAUUGGAAGUGCUGUUUCUCUCUGUAUAAAUGUGGUCUGUCAUUUAAACAAUAUUUUCACACACAUCUUGCUGUCCAUUUGACAAAGAUGGUCUUCCCAUACACAGUUUGUGCUUCCCAG